AUGUCCAAGGAUCACAUCCUUACCCUUUCAUGCCCGGACCGGAGAGGCAUCGUCCACGCCGUAACCGGAGUCCUGGCUCAGAACGAUAUGACAGUGCUGGAUCUGCAGCAAUUCUCGGAUCCGGACCUUUCGAAGUUCUUCAUGCGAGUACAUUUCGGCCACGCAGAUGACACGAGACACCUCGACGCGCCGUUUCAGGAGCUGGCGCAGGACCUCAAGAUGGACUACGAGAUCGUGCCGAAGUCGCACAAACCCAAAGUCUUGAUUAUGGUGUCGAAGAUUGGACAUUGCCUGAAUGAUCUACUCUAUCGCCAGAAAUCGCAACAAUUGCAGAUCGAUAUUCCACUUAUUGUAUCCAAUCAUCCGGAAUUUGAAUCACUUGCUAAAAGCUACGGCAUUGCCUUCCACCAUUUGCCGGUCACCAAGGACUCGAAAGCGGAGCAGGAAGGACAAAUCCUCGAUCUGGUCAAGCAACAUAAUGUCGACCUUAUCGUUCUCGCUCGGUAUAUGCAGGUCUUGUCCCCAAAACUAUGCGAAGCGAUGUCGGGCAAAAUCAUUAAUAUUCACCACUCCUUCCUGCCUUCUUUCAAGGGAGCGAAGCCGUAUCAUCAAGCCUACGACCGUGGAGUCAAGAUUAUUGGCGCGUCGGCUCACUUCGUCACAGCAGAUCUGGACGAGGGCCCGAUCAUAGAGCAGAGAACGGCCCGUGUUGACCACAGCAUGUCUCCCAAGGAGUUGGUGGAUGAGGGCAGUAACCUCGAGAGCCAGUGUCUUGCGGCGGCUGUCAAGUGGUGGUCUGAGAGGCGCGUGUUCCUGAAUGGCCACCGUACUGUGGUUUUCUGA